CCAAUCAGUCUGCACUCGCAUGUCCACGAGGUUGCUCGCACGGGCCAGGCGGCAUCCUCUCUCUCCCUCUCUUUCGCUUCGCCCGCUCGUAUUCUCUGUUCUGUCAUUCUCUGUCUCGCUCUACUUCCCCCCCCUCUUCUCUCUCUUUCUCACGCUCCUUUUCACCGUCUAUCGUUGCCUCUCUCUCGCUCUUUCAUUCACCUGACUCUUAACGCGAGCAGUGCGUUACACAUCCCGUACGGGGGUGAUACCGAUCGCCAGUCGAGGUACUGAUCGCGGACAUCGCAGCCGCGGUUGAGGUUAGGUCGACGGACCUGUCGAUCCUAGUGGCGGGACGCGGCGCGGCGGAUUUGAAUUUUCGAACGCGCCGUGUUGUCGUACAACGUGGAUUGUACCGGGUGUCGCGCGUCGAAUUUCGCGAGCGAACGGCUCGGCGUUUCCCUGCUCGGGCAAUUGCGCGGGUUUUUGUGACUCCGUCGUCCGUUGACAGAUCGACAGACGUUGCGCACGCCUGCCAGGUUAGGUGGAGCGACGUUAGGCGGGCCGCGUGUUUUUCGAAACAGCGGGAACGCUUUUGGGAGGAUGAUGCACCGCGAGUUCUCGUCGCCGCCCACGUCGUCCUUGAUGUUAUCGUUACCGUCGAAGCUGUCGCACUCGCGUCACGUGGAAACGCGCAGCGACGGAGACGAGCAGCGGGCCCUGUGAGAUUCUGUGAAUGUUCUCGGACAGCCGCUCGCCGCGGCUCGCCGCGCACCAGUUUCUCAGUGCACACGAGGAAAACGUACGAGAAAACGCACUGAUGGAUAAUUCUGCGUACGUACCGAAUCACCUACCGCCGCCGUCUCUGGUCGUAUUCUCGCAGGCCGGAGGGCUACCUGAGGCCCUGAGAAUGCAAAGACCCUUCAAUCCACAAGUGACCGAUUCGAAGGACUUACAGGUGCCCUUCAGUACGGCGGCGUCGCUGGGCUACGGGCUGCAUCACAUGCUGCAUCUGCCACCGCAGUUCCUGCACCCGCUCGACCAUAGACUACCCUUCGGCGGCUUCCGGCCCCUGGUGCCGUCCGCGUUCGCGCCCCCCAGCAAGUGCCUCAAGGUCGAGACCGGGAACGGCGCGGUGCCGGGGAACGGCGGCCUGCCCAGCAUCGGCUCGCUCUCGAGCAUGUCGAACAUGUUCUCGCCCACGUCCCUGCCGGGCGCGGGCGGGGGCGCGGUGGUGUCCGUUUCCGGUGCGGCGGCCGCCGCGGCCGCCGCCGUCGCCGCGGCCGGCCAGGAAGUCGGCGGGCCGCAGAGCCCAGCUGGUUCCGCGAGUCGGUCGCCCACCGGUACCGCCGGAACUGGUUCCGUGCCGAACCGCGGUGCAACCCCCGAUGAAGAGGAUCGUGAUGCCAACGCCACACCCGGGUCCGAGAACACCGAGCGAUCCACCCCCGAGGAGGGACGACCCUACAGACUGGGGCCUGUGUUCGGGGGCCGAUGCGGCGCGGAGGCGCUCGGUCUGGGGCUGGGGCUGUCGCCGGGCCCGGCCUACAGGUUCGCUCUGCCCCCGGGACUCGCUGCCAAGACCACCCGCUGCCUUGUGUUCGACCAAGGCAAGAAGAAAUUUCCCUCAGAUCCAUCUUGCUGCCCAGUAUGCGGAGUGACAGUGAGACCUCAAGAAUUAGAACAGCAUUUUGCUCAAGAACUUGAUCGACUGUACAAGGUUUCUACGACACCCUUAAGACCUCGAUCUUCGAGAUCAACCUUACCACCGACGCAUCCACAAGAUCAUCCCCAUGGUCCGAUGCUGCACGCCCCAUCGGCGGCGGAUGGUACCCCUCAGGGUAGAUGGGAAACGUACAAGAGGAUUAAGGCCAAUAGACAGGCUAGAAUACGCGUUAAGAAUCGGAAGAGAAAAGCGGACGAGGCGUCCUGUCCGGUUUGCAACGAGAGAUUAUCUGGCACCCCGGAGGAAUUGAAUCAGCAUGUCGAUCGAUGCUUGAAUAAGCAGAACAAUGGGAAUCCGGCCGGGCAGAACACGAAUCUCGACGAGGAGGAGGUCGACGUCGAGGGUGAUGCCGAGACCUUCGAGGAAUACGAAUGGGCCGGUCAGAAAAGAGUGCGUGCCUCUUCUAUGCUCGUCGGUGGAUUCUCUGCCGCAGGUCUCGCGACCUCCUCGAGCAACCGCUCCGGCGUCGGCGGCGGGGGUGGCAGCCACGAGGACGAGGACGUGGACCUCGUGGUCGACGGCGACGAUGCCGCCGAGUUCGGGCCUGCUCAAUAUUCCGAGGCAGACGUGGUCGCGCCGCGAAUCGACGGCACGCCUCGCGAACAGAAGGAACGGGACGCCCUUCGCGAAGCUGUCAUCUCGCCGAACGCGCCGCAUCCGCCGCAACAAUUAACCCCGGAUGCCGGACUGACGGCACAGGGCCUGGUCGAGGUGAAGCCGGAACCGGGCACCACGACUCCCGUCGCCCAGCAGAACGACCCCGACGAGGGUGCCUCCGGCGUGUCGCCCAGAAGAGACGGCGACACGCCGGUCAUGGAGGCGCUUCGCGGCCGAAUCCGCGAGCUCGAGGCCGAGAUGCGCGGGCAACUCUUCAAGUGUCUCAUCUGCAUGGAACAAUACAAGAAACCAGUCACUUCGGUGUGCUGUUGGCAUGUGCAUUGCGAGGAAUGCUGGUUACACACGCUGAAUUAUCUGCCUAAAUAAAUAAACAUUUGAACGGUCAGAUGAUGAUUCCAGUCUUGAAAUCGCGAAAUGAGAUUUCUUACUGUUGUUGCAGGGCGCAAAAAAACUCUGUCCACAAUGCAACAUGAUAACAUCGCCGUCUGAUCUGCGGCGCAUCUUUAUGUGAAUGAAUCAGCUCGACAUCCCCAUGAAGAAUCCAUGAUUCAGCCGGGAUUCUCGGGCAAUGUUAUCAGCGAGCGCGUCUCGCUCCUGUAAAUACCUGUAUAUUUCUUUGCGUUACGUAAAUUAACUCUUUAGAAUUAAUAUGUACGUUUACGCAUCAUAGAGCUAGUAAAUUAACUUCGUUAGUUCUUAACAAUCGUCAAUCGAACGUCGCUCUAGGAUCAUUCGACACAGUUUUGUGCAUCAAUCAUCAAUAAAAACAGCUAUCGCAGUCAUA